AUGCGAAGAGAUAGCUUCAAGCUCCGCAAACAAGAACCACAACCAAUCCUUGCCACGCGACUCGACCUCACCCGACUCGGACUCGAUCCAUUACCACAUAUUCAACAUCUUCCAGCGAUAUCGCCAGACAUAUAUUCAGCCAUGUCUACCAAACGGAAACUCCCUCAGAAGCUCGCGCAGCCAAAGGUGAAUCAAAGCGCAAAGGCGUUGUGGAAAGCAAAUCUCAAUGAUUCGAGAACGGUCGUCUCAGCAGGUGGAAAUACCAUGCAGGCACGAACCAAUGGAUCCAAGGAAGUCGUGAGCAUAUCCAGUGACGACGAGGAUGCAGAUUCGGCGGAUGAGAGUGCUGCUGAAGUAUCAGAGGAUGAGCUAUCGAAAGAUGAUAUUGCCAUGACAGAUGCAGAUGCGCCGAUACCAGAAGAUGCAGAGGAGAACGCGGAACCAAGUUUUGGAGAUCUCGUGAGGGCGAAUGCUGAGAUUGUCGAUGUUGCUGGUGCUUUUGAGGAAACCAAUGCAGUUGCAUACCCAAAAGGAUCCCAGAUACAGCCUCCAUCAGGCACUUCUCUAGGAACAGUACUCACCCAAGCUUUACGGACAAAUGAUGUCUCACUUCUCGAAUCCUGUUUUCAUACUACCGACGUCCAGAUUAUUCGCAAUACCAUACAACGACUUGAGUCGCCUCUCGCGGGAAAAUUACUACAAAAGCUCGCAGAAAGAUUACACAGAAGACCUGGAAGAGCUGGAACAUUGAUGGUCUGGGUUCAAUGGACACUUGUUGCACAUGGCGGAUACCUUACGACGCAGAAGGAUGUGGUACAAGAACUUUCCGAAUUGGAAAAAGUAAUCAGCGAGCGCGCCAAGGGUCUCCAACCUCUCUUGUCACUCAAGGGAAAGCUCGAUAUGCUAGAUGCGCAAAUUGAGCUCAGACGAAGCAUGCAGAAUCAGCGAUUACGGAUGGACGAGGACGAGGAUGACGAGGGUAUCAUCUACGUGGAGGGACAAGAGAGCGAUAAUGAAGAGACCGCCAAAGCUCAAAGAGUUGUACAGAAUGGAGAGAUUGAGGGUUCAGAUGACGACAGCGAUAUCUCGGAAGACAUGCCCACCACCAACGGGGUCAUCGCAGAAUCGGACGAAGAGGAGAGUUCAGACGACGAUAAUUUAUUAGACGAUGAGGCUGAGGAAACAGACGAGGAUUCCGCCGAUGAGGACGAGGUGGACCACGAUGAUAAUGAUUCGGACGAGGAGAGUGAUGAUGCAGAUUCAGCGCCACCAUCAAAAGUGCAGCGAACGAGUGGGGUGAUUUCUAAAAAGCGAUAG